AUGUCCCGUCAGGCCGCGUGGUUGCGUCAGUCACGAGAAAGGAUGGCAAGUCUAUAUAUGCCGACUUUUGUUAACGUCUCUACUUAUCAGAUAGCGAAAGGGUUAUCUGUGGCAAUCUCCUCUCGCGAUUCUGAUAUUUCCGUCGACCUGACAUUCGCUGGCGCUGUGAUAGCAUCGGUAGAUACCACUCAGCUGGGUCUUGAGGUUAAGCCAAGCAAUGCAAACAAAUUUAUCAGAAUUCAACGAGAGAUCAAGGCAUUUCUUGGCGAUAGGGCAAAGUACGGCCCCAACGAACUAUACGCGAUGCUCUUCUUCGAGGAAGAGGAAAACGGCAAAGGCUCGGGAUGGAUCGUCCAGAAGAGCAUCAACGUCUACGGCGACGGACAGAUCGACCGGUCUCCCUGUGGUUCUGGAACUUGCGGAAGGAUGGCUAUUCUACUGACUGAAGGUCGACUCCGAGAGAACUCGAAACUCUUGCACCACUCUAUCAUCAGGUCAGCCUUCGAGGCUGAGAUAGUGUCCAAGGGUCAGAGUCCAGUCGAGGGGUUUCCUGCCUGUGUUGUGCGCGUGAGAGGCCAGGCGUAUCUUGUUGCAGAAACGCGGUUUUUUAUCAACGCCGAAGAUCCAGUCGCUCCGGGCUUUGUCUUGCGUUAG